GAGCUCUGGACUGGACAGAGAGCAGCAGACCGCUGGGUGGGAGGAAAGACUGACUACCUCCGGACCCUCCAGCCAUGCGGCUCUUCUGGGGGCUAGCCUGGGCCUUCAACUGCUUCGCCUUGUCUCUGCAGGAGCCCAGAUUGCUCCUGUUUGCUCCUUCCGUGGCGCAUGUAGGGGUUCCUCUAUCGGUGGGGCUACAGCUCCUGGAUUAUUCCCAACAGCAAGCAGUGCAAGGAUCCGUGUUCCUGAGACUAUCCCCUUCUUCCAUCUGCUCCCCCAAAGUGAACUUUGCUCUCAAUUCAAAUAACAACUUUGUGCUCCUCAGCGUCCAGUUUUCCCCAGAUACGUCAAAAUGUGAUCUCAGUAAUAUCCGAGGAAAACACUAUAUCCAGCUUGUAGCCCAAUCACCAUGGCUGAAGAACUCUGGAAUCAGAAAUAUUGACACUCAGGGCAUCAAUCUGCUCUUCUCCUAUCGUCGGGGUCACCUCUUCCUGCAGACCGACCAGCCCAUCUAUAACCCAGGCCAGCGGGUCCGGUACCGAGUCUUUGCUCUGGAUCAGAAAAUGCGACCCUCCCAGGACAACAUUAUGAUCACUGUGGAGAACCAGCAUGGUCUCCGUGUGCGGACAAAGGAAAUGUUCAGCCCCAAGUCCAUCUAUCAGGACGAGUUUGUGAUCCCAGACAUCUCAGAGCCAGGGACUUGGAAGAUCUCAGCCCGUUUCGAAGGUGAUGUGGAAUCUAACUAUAGCGCCCAGUUUGAGGUGAAGAAGUAUGUCCUUCCCAACUUUGAGGUGAAGAUUGUUCCUGGGAAGCCCUAUAUCCUGACAACGGUCGACUCCCUUGAUGAAAUCCAGUUAGAUGUCCAGGCCAGGUACCUCUAUGGGAAGCCAGUAAAGGGGGUGGCAUAUAUGCGCUUUGGUCUUCUGGGUGAGAAUGGUGACAAGAUUUUCCUGCGGGGCCUUGAGAGUCAGUCCAAGCUGGACCAUGGCGAGUGCCAUAUUUCCAUCUCCAAAGCUAAUCUUCAGGGUGCCCUGGAGAAGGUUAAUGCCACUGUCACAGACCUCCCAGGGCUGCGCCUCUAUGUGGCAGCAGCUGUUAUUGAAUCUCCAGGAGGGGAGCUGGAGGAGGCAGAGCUCACAUCGUGGCGUUUCGUGUCAUCUCCCUACACCUUGGAUCUUAGCAACACCAAGCGACACCUGGUGCCAGGGACCCCUUUUCUGCUGCAGGCUCUGGUUCGUGACCAGUCGGGUGACUCAGCCUCUGAGAUUCCUGUUAAAGUUUCUGCCAAGUUUCUGUCUUCUUCUGGGUCUGUCUCUGAAGUUCAGAACUUAAAACAGAACACAGAUCUGAACGGCCAAGUCAUCAUUCCCAUCGUUCUCCCUCAGAGCACCUCAGAAAUACAACUCUCGGUGUCUGCAGGCUCCCCCUAUCCAGCAACAGCCAGCCUGUUUGUGAAAGCGCCACCCUCAGGAGGGCCUGGGUUUCUGUCCAUCGAGCGGCUGGAGACUAGGUCUCCUCGGGUUGGGGACAUGUUCAACCUAAACCUACAGGCUGUGGGUGCCAGUGGGGCCACCUUUUCUCACUACUACUACAUGAUCGUAUCCCGGGGCCAGAUCUUGUCAAUGAAGCGAGAGCCCCACAGGACCCUGACAUCCAUCUCCGUGCCUGUGACACAUGACAUGGCCCCUUCCUUCUACUUUGUGGCCUUCUACUAUCAUAAAGGCCUUCCUGUGGCCAAUUCCCUGCGAGUCAACAUCCAAACCGGGGCCUGUGAGGGUCAGCUGGAGCUGAUGGUGCCUGGUAGGAUGGAGUAUCGUCCCGGGGAAUCUACCUUUCUCAAACUCCAGACAGAUUCUCUGGCACAUGUGGCACUGGGCGCUAUAGACACAGCUCUGUAUGCUGUGGGCAGCAAGACCCACACACCCCUGGAUAUGAGCAAGGUCUUCAAAGUCAUGAACAACUAUGACCUGGGCUGUGGUGCCGGGGGUGGGGACAGUGCCCUGCAGGUGUUCCAGGCAGCUGGUCUGGCCUUCUCCGAUGGAAAGCUACUGACCCCAGUCAGAGAGAGUCUGGGCUGUCCCAAGGAGAAGAAAACCAGGAAAAAGAGGAGCAUGAACUUGCAAAAGGAGAUGAGUGAGAAAUUAAACCAGUACAGUUCUCCAGAGGCCAAACGCUGUUGCAUGGAUGGGCUGACACGGCUGCCCAUGAUUCGCUCCUGUGAACAGCGUGCAGCCCGCGUGCGUCAGGCCACCUGCCGGGAGCCCUUCCUGUCCUGCUGCCAGUUUGCUGAGAACCUGCGCCGGCAGGCCCGCACCAAGGCCCCCGAAGGCGUUGCCAGAGCCCUGGAGAUCUUGCAGGAGGAGGAGCUGAUGGACGAGGAUGAAAUUCCCGUGCGUAGCUUCUUUCCUGAGAACUGGCUCUGGAGAAUUCAUCCUGUGGACCGCAAGUCUCAACUGCAGCUGUGGUUCCCUGACUCUCUGACCACAUGGGAGAUCCAUGGGGUGAGCCUGUCGGAAAGCACAGGCCUGUGCGUGGCCAAACCCAUCAGGCUCAGAGUGUUCCAAGAAUUCCACCUGCACCUCCGCCUGCCUGUCUCCGUGCGCCGCUUUGAGCAGUUGGAAAUUCGGCCUGUCCUCUACAACUACCUGCCUGAGAAUUUGACUGUGAGCGUCCAUGUGUCGCCCGUGGAAGGGCUGUGCAUGGCUGGGGGUGGAGGGCUGGCCCAGCAAGUGCUGGUGCCCGCUGGUUCUGCCCGGCCCGUUGGUUUCUCCGUGGUACCCACAGCUGCUGCUGAUAUAUCCCUGAAAGUGGUGGCUCGAGGACCCAGUGAUUUCCCCAUGGGGGAUGCAGUAUCCAAGGUUUUGCAUGUUGAGAAAGAAGGUGCCAUUCAUCUGGAGGAGAUUGUCUAUCAACUCAACCCCCUGAACCCCAGAGGCCGGACCUUGGAAAUUCCUGGCACUUCUGACCCCAAUAUGAUCCCUGAUGGAGAUUUCAGUAGCUACGUCAGGGUUACAGCCUCCGAUCCGAUGAACACUCUGGGUUCAGAGGGGGCCUUGUCCCCCGGAGGCUUGGCCUCUCUCCUGCGACUUCCCCAGGGCUGUGGGGAGCAAACCAUGAUCCUCUUGUCUCCGACCCUCGCCGCGUCCCGCUACCUAGACAAGACCGAGCAGUGGAGUGCCUUGCCCCCUGAGACUAAAGACCAUGCCGUGGAUCUGAUCCAGAAAGGCUAUAUACGGAUCCAACAGUUCCGGAAGAAAGAUGGCUCCUAUGGAGCUUGGUUGCAUCGGGACAGCAGUACCUGGCUCACAGCCUUUGUGUUGAAGAUCCUAAGUCUGGCCCAUGAGCAGGUGGACGGCUCAUCUGAGAAGCUGCAGGAGACAGCCCAAUGGCUUCUGCACCAGCAACAGGAAGAUGGCUCCUUCCUGGACUCCUGCCCUGUGCUUCACAGGGACAUGCAAGGGGGCUUGGUGGGCAAUGACGAGACUGUGUCGCUCACGGCCUUUGUGGUCAUCGCCCUCCAUCAUGGGCUGGCCAUCUUCAAGGAAGGAAGUGCAGUGCCACUGAGGCAGAAAGUGGAAUCUUCCAUCUCCAAGGCAAACUCCUUCCUGGGAGCAAAAGCAUCUGCUGGGCUCUUGGGUGCCCACGCAGCUGCUAUCACUGCCUAUGCCCUGACGCUGACUGAGGCCCCGGAAGAUGAUAAGAAUGUUGCUCACAACAACCUGAUGGCCAUGGUCCAGGAGACCGGCAAUAGCCUGUACUGGGGCUCAGUUGCCGGCUCUCAGAACAAUGCCUUGUUAUCCACCCCAGCCCCUCGUGGCCCUACAGACCCCAUGCCCCAGGCCCCGGCACUAUGGAUCGAAACCACAGCCUAUGGCCUGCUUCACCUGCUGCUCCGGGAGGGCAAGGCAGAGAUGGCUGACCAGGUUGCAUCCUGGCUCACCCAGCAAGGCACCUUCCAGGGAGGGUUUCGAAGCACUCAGGACACAGUGAUUGCUCUGGAUGCCCUGUCUGCCUAUUGGAUUGCUGCUCACACCGUCGAGGAAAAGGAGCUCAAUGUGACACUAAGCUCCGUGGGCCGCAGUGGGUUCAUGUCCUAUGACCUACAGCUGAACAACCACCAAGUACAGGGGCUGGAGGAGGAGCUGCAGUUUUCCCUGGGCAACAAGAUUAAUGUGAAGGUGGAAGGAAACACCAAAGGCACCUUGAAGGUCCUUCGUGCCUACAAUGUCUUGGACAUGAACACCACCUGCCAGGACCUGCAUAUUGAGGUGACAGUCCUAGGCCAUGUCGAGUACACAAUGGAAGCAAACGAGGACUACGAAGACUACUAUGGGGAGGAGGCCCUCGGAGAGGCUAUCCUUGGGGAUGAUCCAGAGGCCCACGCCCAGCCUGUGACACCCCUGCAGCUGUUUGAGGGCCGGAGAAACCGACGUAGAAGAGAAGCACCCAAGGCUGGCAGUGAGCAGGAGUUCCGAGUGCAGUACACGGUGUGCAUCUGGCGGAGUGGCAAGGUGGGGCUGUCCGGCAUGGCCAUUGCAGACAUCACCCUCCUGAGCGGCUUCCACGCCCUGCGGGCAGACCUCGAGAAGCUGACCUCCCUCUCUGACCGCUACGUGAGUCACUUUGAGACGGAAGGUCCCCAUGUCCUGCUGUACUUUGACUUGGUCCCCACCACCCGGGAGUGUGUGGGCUUUGGUGCUGUCCAGGAGGUGGCUGUGGGCCUGGUGCAGCCAGCCAGCGCGAUCCUGUAUGACUACUACAGCCCUGAGCGCAAAUGUUCUGUGUUUUACGGUGCACCCAGCAGGAGCAAACUUCUGUCUACGCUGUGUUCUGGGGAUGUCUGCCAGUGUGCUGAGGGGAAAUGCCCCCGACAGCGGAGAGCCCUGGAGCGGGGGCUGCAGGAGGAAGAUGGUUACCGGAUGAAGUUUGCCUGUUACUACCCACGUGUGGAAUAUGGUUUCAAGGUGAAGGUUCUCCGGGAGGACAGCAGAGCUGCUUUCCGCCUCUUUGAGACCAGCAUUAGCCAAGUCAUGCACUUCACCAAGGAUUCCAAGGCCACUUCUGGUCAGACCCGAAACUUCCUGGUUCGAGCCUCUUGCCGCCUUCGAUUGGAAACGGGGAAGGAAUAUUUGAUCAUGGGUCUGGAUGGGGCCACCUUUGAUCUGAAGGGAGAUCCCCAAUACCUGCUGGACUCCAACAGCUGGAUCGAGGAGAUACCCUCAGAGCGCUUAUGCCGAAGUACCCGCCACCGGCCGGCUUGUGUCCAGUUAGAAAAUUUCCUGGAGGAGUAUAGCUCUCAGGGUUGCCAAGUGUGAGAGCUGGAGGUGUCCCAAAAUUUCUACACACCCCUAAAUGCAGCCCUGGUAAGGCCCUAGGGUAUAACCACAAUAAAGAACAUUGAUAGCCAGCA